GUUCUUAAACGUGUAUGGCGUGACCAUCUGGACCACCACCGUGACGAGUGUGAGCGACAACAGCUGAUAGAUGAGAGCCGCCAUGGUUCAACCUUCUCCCGGCAGUGGCUUUGGAUACUAAUUUUGGAUCUUCAUCAGGUUUGCCUACUGAGCGAACAGGUCUGCGGAUGAUGCAGUCAACAUGGGACUGCACUUCAUCCUAGAACACCUCCACAGUGCAGGGACCAACGCGAGGAUCCUGUUUGUGGACUUCAGCUCAGCGUUCAACACCAUCAUCCCUGAACCCCUUUCAUCCAAGCUUCUCCAGCUCAGCGUCUCACCUGCCAUCUGCCAGUGAAUUUAUAGCUUUCUGACGGGCAGGACACAGCAGGUGAGGCUGGGGGAGGCCACCUCAUCCACACGCAGCAUCAGCACAGGGGCGCCCCGAGGUUGUGUCCUCUCUCCGCUGCUCUUCUCUCUCUCCACGAACGACUGCACCUCAGUGCACCUGGCUGUCAAACUCCUGAAGUUUGCAGAUGACACCACUGUCAUCGGCCUCAUCAAGGACGGCGACGAGUCUGCAUAUCGACAGGAAGUGGAGCGGCUGGAGCUGUGGUGCGGCCGACACAACCUGGAGCUGAACAUGCUCAAGACUGUAAAGAUGAUUGUGGACUUCAGGAGGCAUCCUUCGCCACAGCUGCCCCUCACGUUGUCCAGCUGCCUUGUGUCAACCGUCGAGACCUUCAAGUUCCUGGGAAUUACAGUCUCUCCGGACCUGAAGUGGGCGACCAACAUCAACUCCGUCCUAAAAAAUGCCCAGCAGAGGAUGUACUUCCUGCGGCUUCUGAGAAAGCAUGGCCUGCCACGGCAGCUGCUGAGGCAGUUCUACACAGCGGUCAUCGAAUCAGUCCUGUGUUCUUCCAUCACAGUCUGGUUUGGUGCUGCUACAAAAAAGGACAAACUCCGACUGCAACGGACAAUUAAAACUGCUGAAAGGAUUGUCGGUACACCCCUACCCACCCUCGAGGACUUGCACGCUGCCAGAACUAAGACGAGAGCGUGCAAAAUCCUCUCGGACCCUCCACAUCCCGGUCACCGGCUCUUCCAGCUCCUUCCCUCAGCAGAGACGUUGAAGUGUCUUGGUCACGGCAAAGUGGCCGGCCCCUGCCACCUGUGGCGUCUGCUUGCAGGGGACGAGGAGUUGGAGGUCAUCACGGUUGCCCAGCGGGUUCCUCGAGUGGCUGUGGAGAAGAUGGCCUCGGGUGACAAGGCUGGACAAGGCUGGACCAUUGGGAGUACAGUCCCUUCAUCUCCAGGUCCAGCAUGGGAACAGCUGACAAUGCAAUGUUGGCCCUCUUCCGUCCAUCCUUGGACAUGGCCGAGGACGGGAUCAUCCCUCUGCUCUUCCUGGAGCUGCGCUGAGUUGACAACCUCCACACUCGGUGCCAUGGGUGACGCGGUGAGGUUGUCAAUGAAGGUGUCCACGUAAUAUAGUCUCUUUGCAAUGAAAAAAACAAAACAAACAAACGAAAAAAAAGCAAUUGAUGAGAUAUGUUAAUCAUAUUGGUUCAAUAUACCCAGUAGGUGGUUAUUAACAUUUUUAAUCGCAUUGCAUUUUGUGUAUUUCAGAUUUCAGAUGAUGAUGAAUGAGGUACAAUGUGUAUCAUGGUUUAU